GCACGCACACUUGUUCACAGCUGCGGGGCUCGGUGUGGUUCGCUGCCAUGGACAGUGCCACUGGCGAGCAGGUCUCGGCCGAUCUCCCUUGGUCGCACAUCCUGCUGGCCUGCUCCGUCAUCGUCUUGGAGGCCGGCGCCGCACGCUUCCUCGAGCUGGGCAAUGCCGAUCAGCUCCUCAUCUCCGGAGUCAGAUGCUGCGUGCAGCUUACCUGCCUGGGCUUCAUCCUGGCGCCGAUCUUCGAGAUGCGCUCGCCCCUUUUGGUGCUGGGCUACGUCUUCGGCUUCAUGGUCCUGGUCUCCGCUUACGAGGCCGCCGCGCGGCCCAAGGUGACGUACCCGGGCAUGUUCUCCAAGGCGGUAGUGAGCCUCGGCUCCGCGCUGCUGUUGAACGGCCUGCUGCUGCUGUACAUCGUCCGCCCGGCUCCGUGGUAUGACGCCCAGUACGUGAUCCCCCUGGCUGGAAUGCUGAUCAACAACUCGCUCUCGGGUGUGGCGCUGGCCCUGAACGCGAUGAUCGACUACCUCCACGGCAACAAGGAGCAGGUGGAGGUGCUUUUGGCCUUCGGCGCCUCGCCCUGGGAGGCAGCCUGGCCAGGCUUUGUGAAGAGUGUGCAGGCGGCGCUGAUUCCGGCGAUCAAUGGCAUGAACGUGGUGGGCCUGGUGUCCAUCCCGGGCAUGAUGACUGGCCAGAUCCUGGGCGGGGCCCCGCCCAUGAAGGCGGCACGCUACCAGAUCGUGAUUACGUUCCUCAUCGCGGGCUGCACCUUCGCGGCGGUGGUCCUCAUUUGUGUCUUCACCAUCCAGGCCUUCUUUGACCCGAGGGGCCGGCACGACGACAGCGAGGUCAAGCCGCAGUCACGGCUGAACAUCUCCCGACUGCUGGAUUGCAGCAAAUGGCCGUCUCGGACGCCCAAAGCGGCCGGCCAGGCCGAGUCUCUGCCGGCCGGGGCCGAGCGCUGUGGCACCCCUUUGGUGCUGCAGCAAAGCUGGCAGAAGAGCACUGGAGGCCGCAGGAUACUGGACCUGGCCUUGGACGGCCAGGUGGGGCCUCGGCCUUUGAAGGCGGCAUUGCAAGUGGGUGCUGGUGAGGUGCUUUGCGUCAUGGGCGCCAGCGGGGUGGGCAAAAGCACCAUGCUGAAAUGGAUUGCCGACCUCACCUCCUCGGGUGCCUCCAAGAUGAGCCUGGGCGGAGAGGACAGCAGACGCAUGGCGCCUCAACAGUGGCGUCGAGAGGUGCUGUACCUGCACCAGAUCAAGGCACCGCUGCCUGGUACACCCCACAGCUUCAUCCAGAGCCUGGGGAAGCUGCGUGCCAACCACGACCGACCGCAGCUGCAAGUGCGGCCUCUGCUGCCAUCCGUAGGCCUAGAUGAGCGCCUUCUGGAGCGGCCCUGGUCGGAGCUCUCCGGGGGCGAGGCGCAGCGGAUGAUGCUGGCCAUUGGCUUGGCCACGGAGCCGUCGUGUCUGGUGCUGGACGAGCCGACCAGCGCCCUAGACGAGGCUUCGAAGCAAUUGGUGGAAGCCACACUGAAGAGCAGAGGCAAGGACUGCGGCAUCAUCAUGGCCACACACGACACCAAGCAAGCGGAGCGCGUUGGGUCUGCCCUGUGGACCUUUGCAGCAACGCCAUGACCCUUCUCCUAACGCCACGGCAAGUGGCCAAUGCACCAUCAGUGAGGUCCUGGUGGCCAGACCGGCUGGCAUGCCAUGGAAAUGGUGUGAGCUUCGCAGAGAGUCCCCUGGAA